CCGAUCCCCGACCCCCGACCCCCGACGCCCGACGCCCGCCCCGCCGCGCUCGCCGCGCCCGCCGCGCGCUGGAGCCAUGGAGGCCGUGAGCUCGCUGCUGGCCCGCUGCCCCGCGCCGGGCCUGGCGGGCGGCCUGGGAGUCACGGCGUGCGCCGCGGCCGGGCUGCUGCUCUACCGCGUCGCGCGGAGGAAGAAGCCAACACACACCGUUGUCAAUUGCUGGUUCUGUAACCAGGACACAGUGGUGCCGUAUGGGAACCGUAACUGCUGGGACUGUCCCCACUGCGAGCAGUACAACGGCUUCCAGGAGAAUGGCGACUAUAACAAGCCGAUCCCCGCCCAGUACCUGGAGCACCUGAACCACGUGGUGAGCAGCACCCCCCACCCCCAGGCGGCCAUGCAGCCCCAGCAGUGGGUGAGCAGCCAGAUGCUCCUGUGCCGGCGCUGUAGCCACCACCAGACCACCAAGAUCAAGCAGCUUGCAGCCUUCACACCGAGAGAUGAGGGCAGGUACGACGAGGAGAUCGAAGUGUACCGCCACCACCUGGAGCAGAUGUACAAGCUGUGCAGGCCGUGCCAGGUGGCCGUGGAAUACUACAUCAAGCACCAGAACCGCCAGCUGCGCGCCCUUCUCCUCAGCCACCAGUUCAAGCGCCGAGAGGCCGACCAGGCCCACACGCAGAGCGCCUGCGCGUCUGCCAUGAAGUCUCCGGUCCAGGUCAUCCUGCUGCGGGCUCUCGCCUUCCUGGCCUGCGCCUUCCUGCUGACCACCUUGCUCCAUGACUCCAGCAAACCCUUGGCCCCAGCAGCCACCCUGCCCCCAGCCCUGCCCCCUGGGGGCAAUGGCUCCACCACUGCUGAUAACAGCACUGCCCUGGGGGCCGAGGGCUGGCAGCAGCUUCUGGGCCUGCUACCUGAGCCGGUGGCAGAGAAGCUGCAUGUGGCCUGGGCCUUCGGGCAGAGCCACCAGAUGGGCGUCGUGGCGCUGGGCCUGCUCACCUGCCUGCUGGCCAUGCUGCUGGCUGGCCGCCUCAGGCUCCGGAGGAUCGACGCCUUCUCCACCAGCCUGUGGGCCCUGCUCCUGGGGCUGCACCUGGCUGAGCAGUGCCUGCAGGCCUCCUCGCCCAGCUGGCUGGACACUCUCAAGUUCAGCACCACAUCCCUGUGCUGCCUGGUGGGCUUCACGGCCGCCGUGGCCACGAGGAAGGCAACAGGCCCACGGAGGUUCCGGCCCCGAAGGUACUUCCCAGGAGACUCUGCCAGCCUUUUCCCCACCAGCCCCGGGCUGGCCGUCCACUGCCCGAGCGUCACAGGCUCUGUCCCAUCUCCGUUCGUGCCCACCCCACCUGGCUUCCUACCGCUGACCAGCCAGUCGUUGUUCCGGUCCCCCCGCCGGGCCUCGCCCUCCUCACUGCCAGGCCGCCUCAGCAGAGCCCUCUCACUGGGCACCAUACCCUCACUGACACGAGCAGACUCCGGCUAUCUGUUCAGUGGGAGCCGCCCGCCGUCUCAGGUGUCCCGAUCUGGAGAGGUUCUUGUUUCAGACUACUACUCUCUGCUGUCGGGGAGCUGCCCCACCUCCCCACUCCCGUCCCGGGCGCCGUCCGUGGCCGGCUCUGUGGCCUCCAGCUCCGGCUCUCUGCGCCACCGCAGGCCCCUCAUCAGCCCUGCCCGACUCAACCUGAAGGGGCAGAAGCUGCUGCUGUUCCCAUCACCCCCCAGAGAGGCCCCCAGCAGCUCGGACGAACGCUUACACCACAACGGCAGCCUCUUCACCAUCGAGCCUCCUCACGCCCCGCAGAGGCGGCCAGCACUGGACACCAAGCUCACCAUGGACUUGAAGUCAGUGCCAGAAAGAGGCAGCGCCUGCAGCAGCCGCUCCGUCAAGAAGGAGGACGACUCAUCCCAGUCGUCCACCUGCAUGGUGGACACGACCACCAGAGGCUGUGCUGAGGGGCCCGCCACCUGGACAGGUCGUCUCCGCCCGUCCCUGGUCCGGGGCCUCCUGGCCGGGAGCCUGGCUGCCAACGCCCUCUUCACCUCAGCCUACCUGUACCAGAGCCUGCGCUGAGGCGCCCGCAGCCUUGGCACCCCGGGAGCCGUCACCACUGCCGCCUUCAGCCCGACCCGGAGGCCCAGACUGUCCUCAGGACGCGUCUCCCCGCCCCAGACAGACUCCAGCCGCCGGCACGUGUUUCUUUUGGUGCUGACACCCUGGUUCCGAGUCCCGGGUCCCUCCCCAGACUUCAGCCCUGCGUGGCAGGACGCCAGCACUACUUCAGCUUCUCAGAGUGGGCGGCUCUGUCCCCACGGCCGUGGACUGUGAUCGUGUCUUCAUGCGGCACUGCCCACGGUCUGCGAGCUGGAGGCUGCCCGGGAAGGAGGGGCCCUGCGCCCGUGGGACUUCCCUUGAGGUCGGUGUCCUCUGCUCUCGGCUCGGGCUCUCCGGCUCUGCUCCAGCAGCCCGACUGGGCCUCCAGGGCUGUCUGAGCAGCUCCCCUCACGCCUGUGUGCACUCCUCUCAGGACCUCUGGGGCCUUUCUGCCAGCGCCCACCACCAAGAGCUGGCAUCGGGGCCCACCCCUCACUCAGGCCUGCGCCGGGCCCUGCUCACACACUGCCCUCAGGCCAAGCUGACCUCAGCUGCACAGCUGCGGGGCUCAGACCGGCCCGCCCCCCUCCCAUCCCACCUGCUCCCUACAGCCGCUGAGGACCCACCCCACCCCCACCCCCGCCCCCACCCCCGCCUUCUCCUGUCAGGUGGACUCUGCAGGGCUGACUCCUGACUGUGCCCCACCCCACCUCCAGCCCUGCUCUGCCACUGUCCUGACCUUGCCUGAAGUCGGGCCUCAGUCUUUGGGGAACCUCCCGUGCUGUGAGUGAGGGAUGAGGCUGUGUGGGCCUGGAUGUCCACGCUGGUGCCCACUGCCCUCCACCCUGCAUGCAGGUCCAGGGGCUGAGGUCCUGCGUGUGCGCGUGUGUGUCACGGCUCAUGUCUGUGUCACGUGGGGAGGGAUUGGCUGCCUCCGAAUUCUGAGGCUGGGGGGAGGGUCUUCACUGUCAUUCAGGGACAAAAUUUAAUUUUAUUUUUCUACACAUUUUUGCCAGGUAAGGCAUUCUGCCAAGAGGCGGGGUGCCGCUAAUUCUCCCUGCCAGGGAGGUUUGUUUUUUUUUAGUACUUUUUUUUUAACCAUGUGGGGAAGGGGUGGCUGUGCCUCCUCCCACCUCCACUCCCCCACUUCUGUCCUAAGAGCUACUAUUCCCUGCCCUGCUCCCCAGUACUUGCGGGGCUUGGGGCAGGGUGGGCCUCAAGUCCAGCCAGCAGAGAUGGUUCUAGCUGGGAGGUAGUGUGUCCCCCACACACACAUUUUUGUACAGUAAGCACUCAUGCCAGGUUUUUUGUAUUUUGUUUUUCGCCUGUGUGGUGAAAGCCAGACUCCAUUCCUAGAUGCUUGUCCUCUCUGCUCCGAAGAAUCACCCUCAGAGUCUCCCUCCCUCCCCUCCCCUUUCCCCACCCAGGCCCAGGACAGUUUACUCAUUUCUCUCAGACAGAAAACACAACCUUAUUUUUCUUUACAAAAGCAAAAAAGGAAACCAAAAAAGAUGACUCACCUUUGAACUAUA